GUCUCCAUCCCCAUCUCCGUCCCCGUCUCUGUCUCCAUCCCCACCCCCAUCCCCACCCCCAUCCCCACCCCCAUCCUCACCUCCAUCCCCCACGUUAUAUUUUCCACAAUGUGCGACGUCUCCGAAGGCAUUCCGAGCACGCCAAUGACGCGCUUCGAGCGCAAGCGCGUCCCGGGCAAGUGCAUCAAGUGCAAGACAGCGCAGCCCAACGUGGUGAUCCGCGGCUGCCUCUACUGCAAGCCGUGCUUUGUGCGCGCCAGCAUCGCCAAGUUCCGCACGGCUCUGAGCAAAUCGCGCAAGCGCGCCGAAGGCCAGCCAACAGACCGCGCCAUGGUCGCUCUGUCGGGCGGCGCAUCGUCCAGCAGCAUGCUGCAGCUCACGCUGGACUACCACCGCACCGUGGCCAUGAAGGGCGGCUCCGCACAGCCGCUUUAUGGCGACAUUGUGGCCGGCCAUGUUGACGAGUCGGCGCUGUUCGGCGCGCCUGUGGGCGACCAGGGCGGCAUUGCGGGCAUUGUGGGCAAGGGCACUGCGCUGCACUGCGCCCGGCUCGAGGACGUGUUUGCGGCGGGCGAAGAGGGCGAGCAGCCUGUGCUGCUGCAGAUUGUGCGCGCGAACAUCGCGCCCGGUGCUGGCAUCGACAGCUUCUGCGCGCAGCUCGUGCGGCCCGCGGACUCCGCAGAGGUCGCGCCCAAGGAGCGGCUGGCCAGGCUGUUUGCCGGCCUGGGCUCGGCAACCAACCGCGAGGCAAUGCUUGAGGCGCUCAAGACAUUCCUUCUCGUGCGUCUGGCUCGCACCGCCGGCUGCAACGUGCUGCUGCUGGGCGACUCGGCCACGCGCAUUGCCACGAAGAUCGUCGACCUGACCAGCCGCGGCCGCGGCUUCUCGCUGCCGCUGGAGGUCUCCUCGGAGUCGUCCUGGUUUGCCGGCCUGACUGCCAUGCGCCCGAUGCGCGACUUCACGUCGAAGGAAAUCGCCUUUUUCGUGCGCUGGACUGCGCAGCGCACCGUUGUCGUGCCGACAUUUACGACCGGUGCUCUGCCGCGCGCGUCGAUCGGCCGGCUGACCGAGGCCUUCGUCGUCGGCCUCGACCGCGACUUUGCGUCGACCGUGUCCACCGUCUGCCGCACUGUGCAGAAGCUCGAGCCUAGCCCUGAGGCCCUUAGCGCGCGCCCCUGCAUUGUGUGCGCGAUGCCUGUGGAGCCCGGGGCCCAGGCCUGGCGCAGCCGCCUGACUGUCAGUGACCCCCAGCAGGGCCAGGGCCUCCGGAGGCUGGAUGGCCCUGUGGCGGACAGCGGCAGCGUGGCGCUGGACAUUGCGUCGCACCUGUGCUAUUCGUGCCAAGACGUUCUGCAUUUUGCUGACUCUGACGGCCUGGAGCUGCCGGGGUUCAGCGUCGACCGCUAUCGCAGCCAGGUGGCGGCGCAGCCUGUGGCUGGGGAGGACGAGUCAAAGCAUGAAGCGCUGCGCAAACGGGUUGAGCACUUCUUUUUAGCCGACGAAGAUGAUGAUGCGUGAGUGGAAUGGAUGGCCUGAUUCGUGGUUUUUUAUUUAAAAUUUUUUGCUUUUGAAGACGAAUCC